AAUGGGUUCGGGCGAUUGGUUUAAGACAAUAAUCAGCUCAAGGAAAUCAAAAGAAGGCAGAUCAAGGAAAGUAAAGACUAAGACUUAUAGAGGAAAAAAGUCCAAUGGUUUAGCAAAUGGCACUAAAAGUGAAAAUCUAGAGUCAGCUGGAGUAUCCAUUGAAACUAUUGCUGCAACAAGGAUUCAAACAGCAUUCCGAGCUUAUAAGGCUAGAAAAUAUUUACGUCGCUUGAGAGGAUUCACAAAACUGAAAAUCCUGACUCAAGGUUGCUCUGUCCAAAAACAAGCUAGUACAACUAUAACUCAUCUUCAUUCAUGGAGCAAAAUACAGGCUGAGAUUAGAGCUCGCCGAAUAUGUAUGGUGACAGAAGACAGGAUCAAGCGGAAGAAAUUACAUUCUCAACUAAAACUAGAGGCCAAGAUUCAUGAUCUGGAGGUGGAAUGGUGUGGUGGCUCUGAAACCAUGGAGGAAAUCCUUGCAAGGUUACAUCUAAGAGAAGAAGCAGCAGUUAAGCGGGAAAGAAGCAUGGCAUAUGCCUUCUCUCAUCAGUGGAGGGCCAACUCUAGCCAAGGUCUAGGUAACUAUGAACCUGGCAAAGCUAGUUGGAGUUGGAGCUGGAAGGACCGCUGGAUUGCUGCGCGCCCUUGGGAAAGCCGUGUCCCCAGUGCAACCAUUAGUCCCAGGAAAGAUCAAACUAUGAUGUCAAGCAAAGUUAAAAAGGGUAAUGCAAAAGGGACUACUACUAAAGCUAGAAGAAGGUUGUCUUACCCUGCUACAGAGAAAAAAGCAGUGCAGGAAGGAAAGCAAUGA